AUGGCCCGUACAAAGCAAACGGCCCGUAAGUCUACCGGCGGCAAGGCCCCACGCAAGCAGCUGGCCACCAAGGCCGCUCGCAAGAGCGCCCCGGCCACCGGCGGCGUCAAGAAGCCUCACCGCUACCGGCCCGGCACCGUGGCGCUGCGCGAGAUCCGCCGCUACCAGAAGUCCACCGAGCUGCUGAUCCGCAAGCUGCCCUUCCAGCGCCUGGUGCGCGAGAUCGCGCAGGACUUCAAGACCGACCUGCGCUUCCAGAGCUCGGCCGUCAUGGCGCUGCAGGAGGCCAGCGAGGCCUACCUGGUGGGGCUGUUCGAGGACACCAACCUGUGCGCCAUCCACGCCAAGCGCGUCACCAUCAUGCCCAAGGACAUCCAGCUGGCCCGCCGCAUCCGCGGGGAGAGGGCGUAAACUCUUAGAAACAGUACUAAGCUGAACCCAAAGGCUCUUUUCAGAGCCACCCACCUUUUCCGUUGAAGAGCUGUUUAUCGCUGUUGAAGUUCAUCUGGAAUCGUCCCCGUGUCUAUUUGUAAUCCAUGGUAAUUAGUUAAAUGAAUCUCCCUUAUUGUGUUUUUUUCUAAGUUUUUAUUAAGUUAUCCUCAUGUUUUCUUUAUGCGACUGUUAGGAUAUUAUUUUAAGAUUGUGUAUGUGAACACAACCCAAACUUAAAAGAGGAUUGGCCUGCAACAGGGUAGUGCGUAGAAUGUCUUUAAGCUGAUUGGUUCCCAUGUCACUCGCAGCUUCUCAGGUUAAAGAGUUUUAGCUCUUUCCAGAAAUGUGCUUGUUGAAAUUCAGGGAGGGAAACUGAAUGACUAUUCCCCCUAAGGAAUCUUUAAUUUUAUAUUACCAUUCACUGAGAUCAGUUUGGGUUUUAUAAUUUAUAUGUGUUUACUUUUUUUGCGUUCCAUUGUCAGUGCUAGGAGUUCAAUGCAGGAUCUUGGUCAUUCUAUGCCAGCCUAAUACUGAUCCAGGACCCCAGUCGUAUAUUCUAUUUGUCAAUUUUUGAAAAUCAUAGGCCUAUGCUUUUGUCAAAACAUCCCUUCAUAUUAUCAGGUUGAAGAGAACAUCUUUGCUUAAAAUAUAAGAUUUGUGUUUGCAGUUUCAGUUUGAUGAUAUCUUCUUGGCAUUUCAUAAAUUCAAUUGCUUGAUUUUUAUUCAGAUUUAUCCAGGAAAUCUUACAAUUUAGAGGCAGUAACAGGAUGUUUUGGGGUUUCUCCACAAGAACAACAGUAGCAGAUGUUUGGAACAACAGUUCAUUAGAACAGUCUCUCUCUCUCUCUCUCUCUCUCUCUCUCUCUCUCUCUCUCUCUCUCUCAACAAGCAUCAUAGUGGUUUUUCAGGGAAGAUUAAUUUUGGGAGUUCAAAUGUUCAGUUCUUUAAGGAAAUGGAAUAGUCAGUAAUCUUCCUGAAAUAAUUGAAACCAUAGUUUAUUUCAGGGCGAUUCAGUGGAAAUUAUAAACAGGAACUCUUUCAUGAAUUAAAAAAUAAUUCUUUGAACUGGCUGUGCUUGGGGAAAUCAGUAAAAUGUUUAUGACCCUCUGCAGAUUAGGUCUGUUAUGUUUUAGAUGUGGAAGAGGGACUUUGAAAAGGUAUUCAGGAAUAAGAUGAAGGAAUGUGUCAGCAUUCACACACCCACACCCACACCCACACAAGUUUAAAAACAUUCUUUAUAGUCAAGUACUACAUUUACAACUUAUGCAAAUGUUGAGGGAAGGUGGUACCACUUAGCUUCUUCAUAUUGAGUAUAGGACUGUCUUCAGAAUGUGUUUUAAUUUUAUUUCAUUCACUUCUUAUAAGAUAUGCCCCCCUCACACACAUUAUGUUUAUUUCGAUGCAUGUACACUCUGUAUUUCAUUAUGACUGUGAAGUAGAAAAAUGCUGGGUGCAGCUGGGCAUGGUGGUGCUAGCAUGAAAUCCCAGGGGCUGGGAACACUGAGGCAGGAGGUUUGCAAUUUCAAGCCAACCUCCACAACUGUGGGGUGUGAAGCAACUCAGUGGGUCCCUAUCUCUAAGUAAAACACUGGGAUGUGGUUCAGUGGUUCAGUGCCCCUGAGUUCAUCUGGAAAAAAAAAAGAAAAAAAAAAUACACACACACACACACACACACACAAAGCGCUGGGUACAAAGUCCAAAGAAGCUGAGGGUUUCAUCUUGUCCUUUUCUUGAUCCCAUCUAAAGCAACAAAUGUGUGAAUACAUCAUGUAGCACACCUAACUUGGACUAGGAAAAAAAUAAAUGUCAAAAAAAAAAAAUUCAAAAUAAUCUAAAUGUUUGAGAUGAGAAAGCAGUUUAGUAUAAGUCACUUUACUUUGAGCAUUUAUUCACAUACUACGGAGCUUAUGUUUUUCCAAUGUAAAGGGAUUUAACUCAUGACAGUUGAUUUUCUGCUGCAUCACCUAGGAAGAGUUUUUUCUUCAGUUAGCAGGAAUUGUCCAAUGGAGUGCCUUUCUUACCUUCCUUAAAUUCAUCUGUAAGUUUUGUGUGGACACUGCAGAAGGCUAGUCCUGCAGUCCUGUCCUUUUUCCUUAUCAUUGUUGACUUUUGGGUACACGGCAGUCCCCCCAAAUUACCAACUCUAUCUAAGUAACAUUAUAAUUCGCAUCCCUAAAAGACCUACUAACAAUGCCUUUUUUUUUAACUAGUUUGCACUUCAGUUUCUCACUUCUUCCCCUUCCUUUGUCACCAUGUGAAGCCUAUUAGCACGUUUGAAGGAUUCUUCAUAAAUUCAUCUUUUAUCUUCCUCCUCAUGGUUGUGGUUCCGGCUCUCUUAUUUUGCAGCUGCAUUGGCUAUUUUCAAAGUAUCUUUGUUGGUUAUGAACUGCCAUCUUUAUGGACUUUAAUUCAUUUUGUUUAUUGCAAUGAAAACAAAACACUUCAAAUUUUUAUGCCCCAUUUUCCUGUAGUUUUAGGAUUUAAGAAUUUCUCUUUUAUGAGGCAUUCAAAGUCUUUUAUCAUGGCAUUGAAUCACCAUUCUGCACUGUAAUUUACAACUGUCAUGGAAUGUAUAAAAACACUGAUGUGUAUUUGAGUGUCGAUUUUACUCUUAUGAGUUACAUGAUAUUGAUCAUAACCUCUAAUGUUUCACUGUAUCUUUUUUUUUCCAUUUUUCCCCCUUUUUCUCUCCCCAGCUUAAAUUAUAUUUUAAACUAAUCUAAGAAUGUACUUUGACAUUUUUAUAUAUGUUAUUUUCCAUCCCUUGGGAUUUAAUCUUUCCAGUUUAAAUUCCUGUACUGAUCACUUUAAUGGCCAUUAUAAUCUAUUUCAUAUUAUGUGUAUACUUGUUCAUUUUAAUUUCCUCCUAGGAGAUUGUAAACAUCCAAAGUAUGGAUUUGGUUUUAUCCAUCUAUCAUACAAUUAUUGAUAGGAAAGGGUUUUCCAUAUACAGAGUCUGGAGCCACGAGUGUCGUGAACCUCCUUCUGUUGCUUCUUCUGCCAUCAUGAUUAUUUCCCAAAUGCUUGUUCCUGCACCAGUUAGUCUGGGCAGUACUGCUGACAUAGGAGAACUUGAUUCUUGCUAUUUCUUUUGCAUUGAAUAAAAGCCUCACCCGUUGGGGCCUUAACAUCAUUGAAGAUAAAUAGCAAUUAUGAACGAAGUAGUUAUUCCAGUUUCUAUCUAACAUUAAACUCUGAAAUAGCCCAUACUGUCUGUUUUCCUAAGGGUUUUAAUCCAAUAUUAAUCCAGAUAUAUAAUUCUUGUUCAAUAACCAUAUAACUAUUUAACGUAAAAUAAAGAAAUGUGACUCUA